AGGAGUCCCCACCCUGCCUGUUAGCAGCCCGAUAACACGGAGCUAAAGACCGACACAAACUUUCACCAUCCCUCCUCAGCUUCAACCACAGAAGGAUUUCUUACUUCUACUCUGCAUCCAGUUCUGCGUUUUUACCGUAACGGCGUUAAAUUGGCGAUACAAUGGUUGAUUAACGCCUAUUACGCACACCCUUGUUGUGAGUCCGACGUGCUCCGCUGCAAAGUUGUUAUACUUUAAGUUACAGAGAACAUUCGUUAAACUUGAAUGCAAUAAGCUGCAAUGCUCUCAAAGAAAGAGAAAAAGCUCAUCGCAAAAAUAUGGGAAAGUCUGACUCCUGUGGCAGAGGAUAUCGGAGCAGAUGCGCUUCUUAGGAUGUUUGCCUGUUUCCCGGGAACCAAGACCUACUUCUCACACCUGGACAUCAGCCGUGGCUCCCCUCACCUGCGAUCUCAUGGGAAGAAGAUCAUUCUGGCCAUCGCAGAGGGAGCCAAAGACAUCAGUCAGCUGACCGUCACCCUCGCUCCUCUGCAGACUAUGCAUGCCUACCAGCUCCGGAUAGACCCCACCAACUUCAAGCUCUUGUCACACUGUAUGCUCGUCGCGCUGUCCUGUCACAUGGGCGACGACUUCACAGCGGUUGUACACGCAGCAAUGGACAAGUACCUGUCAGCCUUUGCAGCCGUGCUCGCCGAGAAAUACAGAUGAGACCCAGGCCCAGUCGUGUGUUUGUAGGAAGUAUAUACAAAACAUUCAUGAUGUCGUAUGAUGUGAAAUAUUUAUAUAUGUGUAGCUGUUCCAAUGCAAUAUUUUAUAACAAUACAAAUGUGCAAUUAAAAUGGUCCCUGUUCUGUUGUAUGACGACAUAAAGUUCAAGCACCAAAAGUUU